AACUGUUUAUGCCAUUUCAGUCCUUGGCUGUAUUUGUUACAAGUAAAGACCGAAAAAUGACUAUGUAGAACACUGCAGAGUGGAGGAAACUGACAGAUACAGGGAUACAGCAAGCCUGAACAAAGCAGAUGAUAUGACUGUCUGUGGGACGCACUUCUAUUCAUGAAAGGCAACCUCCUCCCGUUUUAUACAAUGAAGAGGAAGAUGCUGAUGGGUCUGACUCUGCUGCUCAUGAAGAUGUCACUCUUAGCUUCAAGCCUAGAAGAUCAAAGUCUGACGUGCUACACUGACAGCAUAGCCAACCUCACGUGCGAAUGGAACAGUUCGGAAUUCAGACAAAAACCGGAGACCAAAUGCCUCCUUCGUGGCGUCUGUAACUACUACAUUUCUGAAGAGAUUAAAGAAAGUGACCUGCUGCCCAUUGGAAACUCACAGUCCGAACUGCUUAAAGCAACCCUGACGUUUGAAAAUGAGUGUUUGAAAUGGAGUUUUUUAGUCCCUUUGGACGUGCUGUGUGGAGGUGUCAAAAAGGCAGGGAUCAGGAGUUUUAAUCUAGUGAUGAAUGUUAAGCUGCACCCUCCUGAGAAGCCACAGGUUGAUCGUGCAAAUGUGACCUGGAAGCUGGGCUCUCCUCAUCCACGAUUCAUAAUUAUGCAGAGGUUUGAAAUACAGUACAAAGAGCUGGAGCAAAGCUGGGAGGAGGUGGAGCCUUUAGGGUUACAAGAAAUGAGUUGUUUGUUGCCAGAAGAUCAGCUCGUUUUAGGCAGACAAUAUGAGGUCAGAGUGAGGUCCAUACCCAAAGAAAUACCAAAGUUCUGGAGUGACUGGAGUCUAUCCACUCAGUGGACUUCCACUGUGGGCAAACCUCCUCCUGAUCCCGGUGCUGUGUUGCCGAGGUGGUUCCCCAGUCUCACUGGCACUGCUGCUGUCAUUAUAGUCGCACUAGUCUUACUGGUUUUCUUCCGCUCCCACCCCGUCACAUGUUCUCUGAAGUCUCCAGGCAUACAUAAUCCUUUUGAACAACUCUAUCUCACUCAUGAGGGAAAUUUUAAGUCAUGGCUUGGAACUACUGUGUCCCCCGAGUCAUUUUUCAAAGCUGAACCUGAGUGCAUCUCUCCUAUGGUGAUCUGCAAGAUCCCAGACGGUAGUGGCCCUUGUAAGAAGGAGGAUAAGAGAAAGAGCUUCACCAACUCCACUUACUUCCUGUCGCAAAGCUCCAAAUGCAAUAUGAUGGACCCUCUGGAGCCUUGUUCGGAACAGUGCCCCUACGGCCCAGCAGGAGGUGGCAGUGUGGAAGAAAGAGCAUUGUCGGGCACUGAGGAGAGCCAUAAUAGUGACACUGAGAAUGAAGCUAGCACGAGUGACCAGAUGAGCAACAUGAGUGACCAGCUGGAGACAUCCUCCUCAUAUAAGCACCUGAAGAAGCUGAGAUUGGAUGUCCAAAGCCCAGACUCUGGCUUUGCUGCUGGGAGUGACCAGGAUAGCCAAGAGGAGUCUGGGAGUGAGGGUCUGCCCAGCCCACCAGUGGUGGAUGUUCCGUCCCUUAUAGGUGUUCUGCCCUGCCCGAUUCCACAGGCUCCCCAUGUGACUGGCUUCCCUCACCUGCUGUUUUUACCUCCAACUGGGCUUGGGUGGAGCCCUCAGAACACCAAACUCUUUGAAAUACCGACAUCCAUGAUCUCCACAAACACACUGAUGUGUAAUCCAGACAUCAUGGAUUGCUCUGGAAUGAUAGAGCCAGCUAGUGAGGACUAUAUGCCUGUGAAGAAGGUCCAAGAAUAAUAAUUUUGUGUGAGUUCUCAUGCAGAAAAGGGGACAGACAGUGAUGUGAUCACAUACUGCAAUGAAGCACGCUAGCUGGAUGAUGAACAGAUGAAGAGCAUUGAGCUCCCUUCUAAUCCACAACUAACCACUGGAUCUCCCAUUGAAACUUAGCUUUGCAAAUUCUGCCGUCUAUAUAAUAGAGCAUAUUUGUUAUUUGGAAGACACAACCUUAUGUAUAGAGGAUAAAUACACAUUAGCAUGACUGUGUGUAGAUGCACAAUAGCCUGAACAUGGAUUGUUCAUUAAUUGGUCAACAUUGCAUUCAUGGUAGUGACUUCCACAGAGCAUAACUAGCCUCGCUGUCUCUCUGGCUGGGUAGGAUGAACCUUAUCUUCACCCAUCUCUCUGCAUGAUGCUAGCCAACUUAGGCUUCUAUUAGCUGGCAUAACAGAAUUAGUGGUUAGACUUCUUCUCGAAGUAUGUGGAGCUGUCCAAUGUUGUGGACAUUGUUAGCAUCAUGCGCUAGGGGAAGACCCAACCAGCAGGUGGAAUUGUACAUGUCUAAAUUGAGAACACAUUUUAAAUUUUUUUUUAAGUAUUUAAAAAAAAGGUGACAGUAUUUCAAAAUUAUGAUGUUUUUGUCCAUAUCUGACCAGCCAAAUGAACAUAUUUAGAAGGGCUCACUGAAUGGUGGUGUGAAAGUUCGCAGAUAAGAGGCGCAACUUCAUUCAACUUCAGAAUUGGCUACACUCAUCUCUGAACGAAUAUGACUUCAGAUUUCACUCUAACGCCAGUCAUCGUUCAUUGAUUGAACAAAUAAGAGGAAGCUAUGUUCUCAGUACACACAUAGCUUUAUGUAGAAAUACAUGCCUUUAAAUGAGACUAGGCUUUGUUUCCAGUUGUAAAGUGUGAUAUAUUAAUGCACUAUAGGAGUUUUGUUUUGUUUCAAGUUUUUCAUUUUAAUGUGAUGUCCGUUUGAAGCCUUAGGCUUACAUUUGUGGGAAAACAUAAUACACCGACAGCCUUAAUGUUAGAUGGAGAGUCUUGCAAAAUGUUAAGUCAUUUUUUGUAGACUGCUUGUUUUAAACACAGUGUUAACAUAAAGAUUUUUGUUGUGGUGUGUGAGUGUGUUGUGUGUAUGUGUGUAUAAAUGUAGACAGUUACAAAUAAGCAAUAUAAAAAUACUACAGUGACUGUU